UACCGCUCCGGCAGGAAGAUAAACGGCGUUUCCGUGCAUUGCUCUGGUUCGCCAGAAGCGGCUUAGUCAUGCUGGCCACAUGACCCGGAAGCUGUAUGCCGGCUUCCUCGGCCAGUAAAGCGAGAUGAGCGCUGCAACCCCAGAGUCGUCCAUGAUUGAACCUAACGGUCAGGGGUCCCUUUACCUUUACCUUUAAGGGGUUGAUCACACUGGGUAUAUGCCCAAGAGAUUUGAUUUUGAGAGGCGGACACAGAAUCCUUUGGAACUGGCAAGCAGGGGAUCUGGCACACAAACCUAGCAAUUUAGACACAACCCAGAGGGUAGCUUAGGCUAACAAUGCCUAGGGGCAAAAGUGCUCUGUCUUGAGGAGGGGUCCUGACUAGCAGGUAAUUGCUGAGUGCGCUGGCCGAACACAAGGUUACUGUAGGCAAUUAAAAAAACAAAUAAUGUGGGGUGAUGUAUGCGCACACACACCCCGUCCCCAGGAGAUGAGACAGCACCUUCAACCCUCUGUUACCUGAGAUAGAAACGGGUGUUUGAAGUAUUAAGGGCAAAGGGAGGGGUGUUGGUGCUGGGAUCCACCCCUCCCUUCGCUCAUCACAGAGCAGCCAGUGGCAUCUGACACAAUUGGCUCACUGUAGUGGAGGGGACGGGGGGCUCCCUGCAGAAAGCAAAACAUUGCAGAUGAGAAUAUUGACUUCCCUCGGGUGGAGCCCCUUGGAAGAUCUAGGACACUCAGCCUCAGGGCUCCGCUCUGCCCAACGUCAUCUGUUGAGCCGGGGGUUUCUCAGCUGCGGUGAAGAUGCCCUUGUCCUGCUACCCAGAUGGGUCCCCUCCUGUGCCCAACUUGGACGGCUCCCUGGCUCAGCUCACCUCCCGCUUCCUGCGUGCGACCAAGCUGCAUGGGCUGCACUACAUGGGCUCACGCCAGCAGUCCUGGGCACAGCGUCUGUUCUGGAGCGGGGCUUUCUUGACAUCGCUGGGGUUGCUGUGCACAUGGUCAGCCAACCGGAUACAUUACCUGCAUGCUAAACCAGUGCACACCAGAGCCCACAUGAGCUGGUCCCCCUGGAUGCCGUUCCCAGCGGUCACCUUCUGCAACCAUAACCCAGCACGCUUCCUCCAGCUCACCAGGCCGGAUUUGUACUCAGUAGGACACUGGUUGGGGUUGACCUACAAGAACCACUCCCUGCUUCCCAGCGUCUUGGAGGAGUUGCCAGAAGAGCAGCGCCCCUGGCUUAGCCGCCUGGCCAACUACACCCGGUUCCUGCCAUCACGCCUCUCUCCACACACAAUGGAGAGCUUCUUCCAUCGCAUGGGACAUCAGAUUGAGGACAUGCUGCUGGAUUGCCACUUCCAGGGCAAACCUUGCGGAGCCCAAGACUUCACCCCUGUGAGUGGCUUCUGUUCUGCACCAGGACCUGGGGAGGAGGGGUAAAGAGGCUGAAAGGAUGAAUAGUCAGGAAAACAGAUUACAUCCUUCUUAAAACACUUGGAAUCAAUUUUUGUGUAUAUAUGCAAUAGGGAACAGGGAAGAGUUGGAGGAUAUGUUUGCUUUUUCAAUGCAUGUUUGAAUAGCGGUGCAGCAGCUCUCAUCUGCAUUAGCAGCUUGAAUUGGUUGGUGGUAGUCAUUUGAUUUUAACAAACCAAUCCAGAAUUAAAAGGUUUCAACUUGUGUACCCUAAGGGUGGAGAUGCAAGGGAGCAAACUGCACCCUAGAUAAAGAUAGCAGAGCCUCCAUCAGGGAAACUUGUGGUUUGACUCUGCAAAAGUCCCUGGGUUCAGUUCCUUCCUAUGUUGUGGGGAGGCAACAUUCAUCCGUUUGCCAGAGAAAUUGUCUCAAUCUAGACUGUUGCUGCUUCUCUUUGAUCAUCAGCAAUUGGCUUCAAGAUUUGUGUCGCCGCGCUGCAGAACAAACAUGGCACUUGCAACAGCCAGGAACUGUUGCCAUGAGGGUAUUUGCUCCCCUUAUCCUCUUAGUCCCAUUUGACUUGGCAGCUGGUCCAAAGUGACUGUGACAGACACAGGCUUCUUUUGGGAUUGCCUGCACCUUGGAACAUACUCCAGCAUCUUCUGCAAUGUGUAGGAGUUCCAUGGCAGCUGCUGAGAGGUUCCAUGGCAGAUGAAUCAUUCUGGAAAAUAUCUCCUGCAGGGUGGAAGUCUGAAAAAUACUCAUCGAAGUCAUACUUUGUGAAUGGGUGCUAAUCACAGAUAGGGAAAAUGGACAAGCUAGAGUCACCUGCAUGUGUCAAUUGUGUGAACAGAACAUUGUGCAAUUAUUGGAGAGCAGCAGAAUGUUGCUGGUCCUGCUUCUGCCAUCAGGCAUUCUGUUGGUUCUGCUCCGGGAUGGCUGUUCAUAGAUAUAAGCAUUGAAGAAGCCUACACAUGAGAAGUUGCUGGUGUGGAGGCUUCCAGGUGAUUGGCACUUCCAAUCAGAAAGGUGUCCCAAUAAUGAUUAUGAUGAUUAUACCCCAUCCAAGAAGGCCUUCUGCAUCAAUAGCACAAGUUCUCACGUGGAGGUUUCUUCAGUACAGAUGUCUAUGCCAACAGAAAGACUUUCAGGGGCAAGUUCAGCAGUGUACCCAAUGUCAAGCAAGGGCCAGCAACAGUCCUGCUGCCUGGUUAUUGUGUGAUGCCCUAAGGCGGCUUAGGCUGAUGGAAUUUCAUAAGAGGGAGGGCAGGGAGACCUCAUGGGGCAGCCCAGAAGGAGGAAGAGCGAAUUACACGGCUUGAGGCAGACAAGGUAAAUGUUUGGUGGCAGUGGAUGGUUGUUUUUCUGCUGCAAGUGAAGAGUCCCACUGCAAUGGACUGAGGUACUAUGAAAUCUAAAGUUAGAUCUAAGAAUACUGGGUUUGUUGGAGGUUUUUUUUGAGGGGGGGGUGUUUGAGAAAGAAAUAUCGGCUAUUUCAGUUUUGUUUUCCUGCCGAUCAAUAUUGCUUCUCCCUAGUGUUUUUAACAGCAUUCCUCUUGUACCUAUUAUCAUCUCGCUUUAAAAAACUACUUGCUUGCUUUGGCACAAACUGUUAAUUUCUGUGUGGUUUAAGGUGUUGACCUAGGACGGUCAAAUUAUUGUGUGUAUCUGGACACUGUAGAAAUAAACCAAUCCUAAAAUAUUGCUGAUGGAUCCCAAAGGGUUCAGUACCACCAGAAUAAAGGUAAAGGGUAAAGGAACCCCUGACCAUUAGAUCCAGUCGUGACCGACUCUGGGCUUGCAGCGCUCAUCUCGCGUUAUUGGCUAAGGGAGCCGGCAUACAGCUUCCAGAUCAUGUGGCCAGCAUGACAAAGCCGCUUCUGGCGAACCAGAGCAGCACACGGAACCGCCGUUUACCUUCCCACCGGAGCAGUACCUAUUUAUCUACUUGCACUUUGACGUGCUUUCGAACUGCUAGGUGGGCAGGAGCUGGGACCAAGCAACGGGAGCUCACCCCGCCACAGGGAUUCGAACCGCUGACCUUCUGAUUGGCAAGCCCUAGGCUCUGUGGUUUAACCCACAGCGCCACCUUUCACCAGAAUAGUGGUGGCCAAAGAAAGAGUUAGUUGCUGCAGAGUAAUUGGGGUCAGUAUCCUGACCCAACCUGGUAACCACAAGGUGGGGAGUGCUUGUGUCAGAAUGAUUUGAGGGAGCAACUGGGCUUUUUGAGGUUCCUUAAUGUGGGAGGUGGCGCCAUCACAGCUUGGGACCAACAGGGGUGAUGUAUCAGACCCUGACCCUUGGUUAUUUUCAGUCCCAAGCUUGUCCUGGGAUGAAGUGGCCCUGCUGGUAUAUUCUUUGCCUCUGUAGCUGUAUCUCCCCACCACUGUCCUGCCCCCACUUAGUCUCCAAGGGUCAAGUACCAUUUAUCCACUUACCGUAGUUCCUGAAAUACAAUGUAUGCCAUGAACUCACAAGAGCUCUGCUGGAUAAGAUCAAAGGCCUCUCUAGUCCAUCAUGCUGUUUCUCACAGUGGACAGCCAGGUGCCUUUGGGAAGUCUGCAAGCAGGACAUGCCCUCUCUCUGAAGAACCUGACUCUCUUUUUCAGUUGUGUGUGCCUCCCUCCUUCCAGCUAUAUGGUGUAUUGGGUUCAGGCAGGAUUUUUAUACCCACCUCUCUCCUGUGCCAGAGAAACUUCUCCCCCAGUACCUUGUAGGGCUUACAACUUAGGCAGGCAGAUCUCAUAGAUCUUGUCAGGAGAAGAACUCAUGGUAAAAUGGAGGUAGAGGAAAGGAUAAGCCAAAAGCUGGAAUAGCACAGGGGUUGUUCCAAUUCUGGGUCAAAGGCCUUGGCAGAGUUGAGUGGGGAAGCUUCCUGCUCCUUCUGGCUACGUUGGCAUGCGCAGUAUUUGUUGGGCUUCUAGGCAUGGUGGGCCCUUUCUCUAAUCUGCCCCUUU